AUGGUGAGGGACUGGAAAGAGUUGUUGGCAAGAAGAGGGCAUGGAGAUGGAGGUAGUGGGAGUGGGGAGAUUAGUUUAAGCAGCAGCAGCAGCAGUGCAGCUUUUGUGAUGCUGUUCUUGUGGGCAGCUUUCGUCACCUUUGCUGUUAUCUCAGCCAUCAUCUUCUCCUGUGCAGAUGGUGUUCCCAAAGACAAAGCCUCCUCCGCCACUGGUACCCACGGCGCUACGUGCGCCGCUGCAGGCUGCAGCGCAGGCUGCGGUGCUUGA